AUGUUUGGGCCGUUCAGAAUCACAAGUUCCCUAAGCGGGGGUCUUCUAUGGAAGAUCCCGUGGCGCCUCUCCCCGACUCAGAAAGCCCGCCAACGGAAGCGGUUACGAGCCGUCGACCAGGUCAUCGAGACGGUGACCAACGCAUUGGCCAAGAAGGGCGAGACCCUCAAGUCAUUGGACCGGUGGAAGGCUGAGAUGCCGACUGAGGCCGAAAUGCUGCCGCGCGACAAGUACACCAUGUUCGACCGGAAAGCAAAGAGAUAUCGCAAGGGCAUUCAUAAACUCCCGAAAUGGACCCGUGUUUCGCAGAGAAUCAACCCACCAGGUUUCUAG